CGUGAGGAGGUGCACGAGUGGAGAGAGGCAGGAGACCAGAGACAAGUUUCCCCCCCGACCCGACCGCUGAUACACAAGAUGAGGGCUGCCCCCCCGCUGCUGCUGCUGCUGCUGCUAGUCGCUCUCAUCCCCACCGUGGCUGGAGGGAAAAACAAAGAGAAAAACCAGCCCUCCCAGUAUGGGUCAGAAUGCACCGACUGGCGCUAUGGCAACUGUGUGCCUAGCAACGGAGACUGCGGAGCAGGAAUUAGAGAGGGGUCAUGUGACCAGCAGACCAACACCAUGAAAUGUAAAGUACCGUGCAACUGGAAAAAAGACUUUGGAGCUGACUGUAAGUAUCGGUUUGGAAGUUGGGGACAUUGUGAUCCGAGCUCCGGCUCGAGAACCCGAACGGGGACACUGAAGAGGGCUCUCUACCACGCAGAGUGUCAACAGACUAUUUCUGUCUCCAAACCGUGCCAGGGAAAACCGGGGAAGCAAACAAAGGCCCGACUGACGAGUUCACAGCUGGACGUUCCUCAGUCUCAGUCGAGAAGAAGGAGCUCUUUGGCCUCACCUGCAGUCAAGAGCAGUUAAUGGCUGAUUGGUUGUGAAGGGGGGGCUCGUGAGGUUCUCCAGGAUGAAUGGUAGCUGUAGACCCAAAACGUAACUGUUAUACCUUUUUUACAAUUUUACACGAUGUUUUUGAUGUAGAAACAAUAUGCAUUUUAGUUUCACCCGAGCAUUUUUAUGUAUGUAUGUAUGUGGAAUAUAGAUAUUAACUCCACCAUGAUCAGUUAGCAGCUUUUACAUAAGCUUGAUUUAUAUCUGGAUACUUCACUUCAUUCACAUUCCUAUAUGAUCGAUAUUAUAUAUAUAUUUUUUAGUGUUGAGACAGGUGUAAACAAGUAUUUUAGGUCAUUAUGGACUGUCUCAUGAGCGCCCUCUUGGCGAAUUUCAGCCAAUACAAUACUGUACAACAGGAGCUGUUUACUGAGCUUAACACUACUUUGUUCUAAUGCAAACUUGACUUUUAAAGAGUAGAAACAUCUUCUAGGGCUCUGUCCAGUACUUAUAUGUAUUGAGUUGUAACAAACAUUAUAAUCUUGUUAUCUUUAUUGCUUUGUGAUACUUUUAUAUUCUUCUCUUCUUCACCCCCCCACAAAUAGAAACAAAGCAAUAACUGUCAGAAGCAGUUGUGGGUCUGACAGCUGGACAGUGGUCCCAACACUCAGAGAUUUAUAGCCUGAUUCCCAUUCACAUAAUCCUGUGCCUUCCUCUGGCUUUAUGACCAACCAAUCGCGGCUUCUUCUAAAUCGAAGGGAUAUUUGCGGUAUUAAUCUUCCUUUACACCACCCUCCACUUUAAAUAAUGUGAAAAAUGUCUGCCUGGGGCGUUCUCAAUAUCUGAGCCUUCACCACCGAACCUUUAAUAGAAUAAAUGCACGUGGGCACCCGCUCCGUGCUGGAGACGGGAGCUAUUUUAAUUUCCAGGUUGUCUCAGCUCUUCUUUGCUUUGGGUCUGGAAUUACCUUAUUAAUCUGGGAUGUGUCGGUAGCAGACAAACUUUGUUUUACUGUAUGUCGGAGAGCUGGAGCUGAUUGGGGCUCAAUAAACACUGUCACUUUCUAUAAAUCUCACCACCUCUGUCAAAAUGCCUCAGGACCACAGCAGCUCUCAGUAAUCCAUUACAUUUCUUUUACUUUGAAUGUUCUUAAUACCUUUUGCAUUUUUUUUCUACUGUAGCUGUAACAAAACAUCCCCAAACUUUUUAUGAAUAAGAGAAAUCUGAUAUUGCAGGUCUACAGGAUCUCAAAGGAAUUAACACAGCCAUUGAUAACUUUAUUGAGCAACUCACGAUUGUAUGGAAAAUGCAGAAUCUAUCCUCGAGGGACAAAUAAAGCAUUUAUAUUCUGUAUAUCUCUUUGAUCCGGUUUCCAAAUGUUCUUGCUUGUUGA